UCUGCUUUUUACCCACUAACACAGAGGACAUUGGAUAGUGUUGUGGUCCCCAGAGCGUGGUAGCUGACUUUGCUUCUGUCUGGUAUUUCCACCGACUCAUGGAGGGGGAGGAGGGGAGAGAAGAAGCCCAAUGCUUCUUUACGUAUGUUGGGAUCAAUAGGGAUGAUGACUGAGUGUACAAGCCUUCAGUUUGUCAGCCCUUUUGCUUUCGAGGCAAUGCAGAAAGUGGAUGUUGUUCGCCUGGCGUCUUUAAGUGAUCCAGAAUUGAGACUUCUCCUACCAUGCUUGGUGCGGAUGGCACUUUGUGCUCCUGCUGACCAGAGCCAAAGCUGGGCUCAGGAUAAAAAACUGAUCCUUCGCCUUCUCUCUGGAGUGGAAGCUGUCAACUCCAUUGUUGCAUUGUUGUCUGUGGACUUUCAUGCUUUAGAGCAGGAUGCCAACAAAGAACAGCAGCUUAGGCAUAAACUUGGAGGAGGCAGUGGAGAGAGCAUCCUAGUAUCACAGCUUCAGCACGGACUGACAUUAGAGUUUGAACACAGUGAUUCACCUCGCCGAUUGCGUCUUGUGCUUAGUGAACUGCUGGCAAUUAUGAACAAGGUGUCUGAGUCCAAUGGAGAAUUUUUUUUAAAGUCUUCUGAGCUCUUUGAGAGUCCAGUCUAUUUGGAGGAAGCUGCAGAUGUACUUUGUAUUUUACAAGCAGAGCUCCCUUCCUUACUUCCUAUAGUCGAUGUCGCUGAAGCCUUGCUGCAUAUUAGAAAUGGUGCCUGGUUCUUGUGUCUCUUGGUGGCCAAUGUUCCUGAUAGUUUUAAUGAAGUUUGUAGGGGCCUGAUUAAAAAUGGAGAACGACAAGAUGAAGAAAGUCUUGGAGGAAGGCGCAGGACAGAUGCCUUACGCUUCUUGUGUAAAAUGAAUCCUUCUCAGGCCCUCAAGGUCCGAGGCAUGGUGGUGGAGGAGUGCCACUUGCCAGGCCUUGGUGUGGCUUUGACAUUGGAUCAUACUAAAAAUGAAGCUUGUGAAGAUGGAGUGAGUGACUUGGUUUGUUUUGUUAGUGGUUUGCUUCUUGGAACAAAUGCGAAAGUCCGGACUUGGUUCGGAACUUUUAUCCGUAAUGGACAGCAGAGAAAAAGAGAGACCAGCAGUUCCGUCCUUUGGCAGAUGAGAAGGCAGCUUCUUCUGGAAUUGAUGGCCAUUCUUCCCACAGUAAGAAGCACUCGAAUUGUGGAAGAAGCUGAUGCGGACAUGGAACCCAAUGUGUCUGUGUAUUCGGGGCUGAAAGAAGAGCAUGUUGUGAAAGCCAGUGCACUCUUACGUCUGUACUGUGCUUUGAUGGGGAUCGCUGGACUCAAACCGACUGAAGAAGAAGCUGAACAGCUCCUGCAGUUGAUGACGAGCCGCCCUCCCGCCACGCCGGCCGGUGUCCGCUUUGUCUCGCUCUCCUUCUGUAUGCUGCUGGCCUUUUCUACUCUUGUCAGUACACCUGAACAGGAGCAGCUAAUGGUGGUGUGGCUAAGUUGGAUGAUAAAAGAAGAAGCCUAUUUUGAGAGUACUUCAGGUGUCUCUGCUUCGUUUGGGGAGAUGUUAUUAUUGGUGGCUAUGUACUUUCACAGCAACCAACUUAGUGCUAUCAUUGACUUGGUUUGUUCCACUUUGGGAAUGAAGAUUGUAAUUAAACCAAGCUCUUUGAGUAGGAUGAAGACCAUCUUCACACAGGAAAUUUUUACUGAGCAGGUUGUCACAGCUCAUGCUGUUCGAGUCCCUGUCACCAGCAACCUGAGUGCCAACAUUACUGGGUUUUUGCCUAUUCAUUGUAUUUACCAGCUUCUCAGGAGUCGUUCCUUUACCAAGCACAAAGUGUCAAUAAAAGACUGGAUUUAUAGACAGCUGUGUGAAACCUCUACUCCACUCCAUCCUCAAUUACUUCCUCUGAUUGAUGUGUACAUAAAUUCUAUACUCACUCCUGCAUCUAAGUCUAAUCCAGAGGCCACAAAUCAGCCAGUCACAGAACAAGAGAUACUCAAUAUUUUUCAAGGAGUCAUUGGGGGUGACAGCAUCCGCCUUAAUCAGCGUUUCAGCAUCACAGCCCAGCUUUUGGUGCUCUACUAUAUACUGUCGUAUGAGGAAACUCUCCUAGCAAACACGAAGACUUUAGCUGCCAUGCAAAGGAAGCCCAAAUCAUACUCUUCUUCUUUAAUGGAUCAGAUUCCUAUCAAAUUUCUUAUUCGACAGGCUCAAGGGCUGCAGCAGGAGUUGGGAGGUUUGCAUUCAGCUUUACUACGUCUCCUUGCAACUAACUAUCCACAUUUGUGUAUUGUGGAUGACUGGAUCUGUGAAGAAGAAAUCACAGGGACUGAUGCCCUGUUGAGGCGAAUGCUCCUGACUAACAAUGCCAAAAGCCACUCUCCUAAACAACUCCAGGAAGCAUUUUCAGCUGUCCCAGUAAAUUACACACAAGUGAUGCAGAUUAUAGAACACUUGACUCUACUCUCUGCCAGUGAACUUAUACCAUAUGCGGAUGUAUUAAUAUCCAAUAUGAGUCAGCUGUUGAAUUCAGGAGUUCCACGGAGAAUUCUUCAAACAGUCAAUAAACUAUGGAUGGUUCUUAAUACUGUGAUGCCGAGAAGGCUGUGGGUAAUGACAGUUAAUGCACUUCAACCUUCAAUAAAGUUUGUACGACAACAAAAGUAUACUCAGAACGACCUCAUGAUAGAUCCUCUCAUUGUACUAAGGUGUGAUCAGAGGGUUCACAGAUGUCCCCCGUUGAUGGAUAUCACUCUGCAUAUGUUGAAUGGUUAUCUACUUGCAUCUAAGGCUUACCUUAGUGCUCAUUUGAAGGAAACAGCAGAGCAAGAUAGACCUUCCCAGAAUAACACAAUAGGUUUAAUUGGACAAACUGAUGCUCCAGAAGUUACCAGAGAAGAAUUGAAAAAUGCAUUGCUGGCUGCUCAGGAUAGCGCAGCUGUCCAGAUUCUCUUAGAGAUUUGCUUACCUACGGAAGAGGAGAAAGCAAAUGGUAUCAAUCCAGACAGCUUGCUAAGGAAUGUUCAAAGUGUUAUUACCACUAACACUCCAAAUAAGGGGAUGGACGAAGGAGAAGACAAUUUACUCUGUAAUCUUCGAGAAGUUCAGUGCCUUAUCUGUUGUCUCUUGCACCAAAUGUACAUUGCAGAUCCCAACAUUGCUAAGCUUGUUCACUUUCAGGGUUAUCCAUGUGAACUUUUGCCUCUGACGGUUGCAGGUAUUCCAUCUAUGCACAUCUGUCUGGAUUUCAUACCUGAGCUUAUUGCACAGCCAGAACUUGAAAAACAGAUAUUUGCUAUCCAGUUGCUUUCUCAUUUAUGUAUCCAGUAUGCAUUACCAAAGUCACUUAGUGUGGCUCGUUUAGCUGUCAAUGUCAUGGGAACUUUGCUAACAGUUUUAACACAGGCUAAGCGGUAUGCUUUUUUCAUGCCAACUCUGCCAAGUCUGGUCUCUUUUUGUCGAGCUUUUCCUCCACUGUAUGAGGAUAUUAUGUCUUUGCUGAUCCAAAUAGGACAAGUUUGUGCCUCUGAUGUUGCCACUCAGACAAGAGACAUUGAUCCAAUUAUUACACGUCUUCAACAAAUAAAGGAGAAACCAAGCGGAUGGCAUCAAAUCUGUAAAGAUCCAUCUUAUAAAAAUGGAUCCAGGGACACUGGGAGUAUGGAUCCUGAUGUACAGCUCUGUCAUUGUAUUGAAAGCACAGUAAUUGAAAUAAUAAAUAUGAGUGUUAGUGGAAUUUAAAAAAAAUUUAAGACAAUAAUAUGAAGGUGUUUGCUGCAUAUACCUAACAUGAAUCAUAUCUUAUAACAACUCUGAAAUGGGAAUAGUAAUGUCUUGGAAUCAUUAAAACAAUUCAGUUCAACAUGAAUACUAUUUAGAACUUGAGAAUUAUGCUUGCUUGUAUUUGAUUGGCACAUCUUUGGAUCUGCUUUGCUGAUGUGUUUAUAUUGUAGGAGCCGAGAUUUUUUUUCCCUUGGAAGCACAUUUAAGAAACUCAUUACUGGAAAGGGAAUUUGGCCUUAUAGUUAGCUUUUGAUGUGAAGAAAGACUGCCAUGCCUUUAAUUUCUUAUACAAAUGAGUCUAUGGGUAGCCUUAGUAGUAUUUAUUUCAAUUGUGAGUUUGUAAUGGAGUUCAACAAAGAUGCAGUGAUAGGAGGGAGAAGAUAUCAAGACAAAGGAGAUAGCCGGGUGUUGUGGCGGGCGCCUGUAGGCCCAGCUACUUGGGAGGCUGAGGCAAGAGAAUCGCCUAUGCCCAAGAGCUGGAGGUUGUUGUGAACUGUGACACCAUGGCACUCUACCCAGGGCGACAAAGUAAGACAAUAUCUCUAAAAAAAAAAAAAAAAAGACAAAGGGGAAUUCAGGAAAAAUUAGGACGUCUCAGUCUUGCAAUGUAAAUAGUAAGAAUGCAGGUUGGAAUUCUAGUGCUCAAGAAACAAUAUUGAGAAGAUAUUUAAAAAGGCAAGUAGCUGUUGUAAUUGUUUUCCAUGGAAUACAGAUGAAGAUUUAAAGAGUUCACAUAUUUGCUUCAAUUUUUACUAAUAUAUGAAGCCAUAUGUUCAGAGAGAUACUUGAAUAAUUUGGAAUUUUAAGAUAUUGGUUUAAAAGUGUUUACAGAAACAUCUUUGUGCAAAGAAAAACCUGAAAGGAGGUCUUAUUUAGUUUUUUGUUUUAAAUUUAUUUUUAUAAUGUUUUAUUAACUUAUCUAACACUCAGAGAGGGGAAGUAUGUAUCAAAUUAAAUGAAGUGUAGAGCAAUAAAACCCACUGGACAAAAGAGCUCUUAGUUUGCCAUCAGGAUUAUAAUUUACAUCUUAGUUUGAGAAGUUCUUUGAGUAAGAAAAUAUUUAAACCUCAGGAAUAAUUAAAAUGUGGAAAAUACUGUCUUGCUGAAGGAUUUUACAGUCCUCUGUUAGUAACUUCCAUUGAUUAGGCAAAUGCAUUCAGGUAACCCAUAAUCCUUUUUUUUUUUUUUUAAUUAAGUAUCCAUUGUAGAAGGUACUUCUCUUCUUUUGCUGAGAUAUACCUCAAUCACACACUUUUCCCCCCACUCAAAAUAGACCUCUUCACUUGUAAAAGAAGUUAAAUAGACUAAUAAGAAAGUGUGGUUUUUAAGACAUUUAACUUCAGUCUUUCAUUAGCAAAUAGUCACAUCUCAUUUUCCUUCUCUGUAAAAUGGGGUUACUACUGGCCCUACCUCAUAAAGGUAUUAUGUAAGAAUUAGUUUAUAGCUGUUUCAGAUCAUGAAGUGCAUAGUAUCAUAUGUGAUAGAAUAUUUAUAACUUUUUAUUAAAUGCUUAAUGUUUGAUUAAGUAAUUUUGAUGUGAAAAUUAAAAGCAUAUGCUUUAAAAAUACCAUAAGAAUUUUCAUAUUUUUAAACAAGGCAGUUUUGUAGUCCCUUACAAUUAAAUACAAAUCCUGUUUUUUUUUUUCUUCUUAAACUGAGGCCUUGGAAUAUUUUGUGUGAAUAGUGGGAUUCCCUAGGGGUUGAGAAAAAGUUGAAGUAUGUUUUCUAGCUAAAUGCAGUGCACAUUCCUGGAUCAAUUUUCAAAGACUGGUCAUUGCCUGAUGUGUUAAAAUAAUAACAUAUGCUGUUUUUCAUCAGAUUUGUUGAUGAUGUAAAUAAAUGUGUAAAUAUAUUAGUAAAUGUUAAUAUUCAUGUAUUUUAAGUUAAGGUUAUAAAAUUUGUCACGAUGUGAUUUUUUUAUUCAAGUAAAACAGAUGUGUGCAGCUAUUUUGAAUAUUGAUUUAUAAACAUUCAUAUUCUUUAUCAAA